UCGGGCUUCGUUCCUGGUGGAGUUUGAAUCAUCGUCGAGUCUAGUUCAGAAGUGAUUUCCAGUGAAAAUGGCUGUUUUGCAGAAGAUUUUUGCCCUUGGGGUGGUAAUUUUGGUCGUGAGUUCAGUUGGUGAAGCAAAAAAGUUCGACAAGUGUUCACUGGCGAAAGCUUUGCAGGAUAAUGGUUUCAGCAAAGACAGUUUACCAAAUUGGGUCUGCCUAAUUCAGAACGAAAGCGCAAUGGAUACAACCAAGAAGAACAACAACCGAAAUGGGUCAACCGACUGGGGACUGUUCCAGAUCAAUGACCGAUACUGGUGCGAUCCCCAGGACAAAUCCAAGAAGACCUCAAACGAGUGCAAGCUCAAGUGUUCAGCUUUACUAUCGGAUAAUAUUUCUUCGGCGGCGACCUGCGCGAAGAAAAUCUGGAAAAGACACGGUUACAGGGCCUGGUACGGGUGGAUCAACCGGUGCGAGGGCAAAACGCUGCCCAGUCUGACAAGCUGCAAGUUGUGAAUUCCAAUACAGACUUAUUUGGUGGAACCAGUAAAACUAAUAUAGAAAUAUCUAA